CAGAGCUAACCUGACCUGUCUGACUUCCAAACUGUAUUGAUGCUCAUGGACUGUCAACGUCUGCUCUGGGCUUUAAAAGGUGGCUCUGAACAACUAAACGCACCACAAAAUACAUGUGAAGAGAGAAAGAAUCAUUGUUGUUAUGAAGCAAGUUCAGGCAGAGAAGCCAAGGAUUUGUCUGGAAACUACAGUCACAUCAUGCAAAAGAGAAGUGAUCCCAUCCAAACAGUGAUUUCAAGUCAGUCAACACAUCAAUGAACCAUGAUAUAGUUUGCCAUAUUGCCGCCUCUUUCUGGACACAUGGGAAACAAAGACAUCUUCUGCCAUGUGUUUCUGCCAACAGCCUGGCAACAGAACAAGCCAGUGUUUCACCAGUGAAGAGGGAGUUUCUACAGGGCUUGAAGCACCAGUGGCCCAGGUUCCUGUGGUGCUGUGGACCAAGGUGCCAUGGUUAGAAACGGUUGGAGAACACUGGUCUACAGAGCCCGUGUCCUCCAAACAUCCCUCCGUGUGUCGGUGCCUUCAGCCACACAUCCGCCCUGCAUCCAUCCAGCAGCUCAUGUGGCGUGGGAGAAGGCUCCUCCUCCUCUUCAGAAGAGCGAGGUGACCCCGGGACACGCAGAGCAGGAGCGGAGGAGCCGAAAUUCACACGUCCAGCGCUGAAGCUCCACUUUCCCAGAGCAGCAGAGGGAGCUGCUGGGGCCGAGGAGGGGUCUGAGAGAAGAAUGUGCCGAGGUGUGACUUCACACCUCCCAGGCCUUAUAAGCCCGGCCGGCCGGCCUCGGCAGCACAGACGCCUCUCUCCCCGUCAGACAUGGACUCGUCCUCCUACUUCAGCCUGCAGCACUCCUGGUGCUCCGACUCGGACCUGUCCAGCAUCUCGUCCCCGGAGACCCUCUCUCCGGUCCACUCCCUGGACUCCAGCCUGUCUCCGCCCUCCGCCGCCAGGAUGCCCGAGAGCCGGUCCCGUCCCUUCCCCGGGUCCGGCCCAGGGAAGGUGGGCCGAGCGCCUCGGGUCCGGAGCAAGCAGCGGGCGAGCGCCAGCGAGAAGGAGAAGCUGCGCAUGAGGGACCUGACCAAAGCCCUGCACCACCUGCGCUCCUACCUGCCGGCCUCCAUGGCCCCCACAGGACAGAGCCUGACCAAGAUCGAGACCCUGCGCCUCACCAUCCGCUACAUCUCCCACCUGUCGGCCCAGCUGGGCCUCAGCGAGGAGGUGCUCUUCCAGCGUCGGGAGCGAGGCGACGCCUCCGCCCCCGACAACAUCAUGGGCUACUUCAGGCGGAGCUCGGCCGGACGCCUGGUGCAGAGCCAGGAUCAGAGCCGGGAGCCGCAGCAGGCCGCACUGCAUGCUGGGAGCUACGGCCACUACAGCCUCGGCCCUGCCAGGGACACGGAGCUGCUGCUGCCGCCGCCGUCCUGCCCGGGCGCUCAGGCCGCCUCCUGCCAGGUGUACAGCGAGGACUUCUGCCUGGGUCUGGUGCCGCUGGAGUUCUGGGGGUAGAAGCUCCGCCCUCCUCGCCCUCCUCGCCCUCACGUCAAACUGCCUCACUGUGAACUCAGUAUUUAUUAUUAAUAUAUGCUGCGCCCAUAUUUAUUUGCUCCUUUGUACA